GGUACCCCAAGGGCGUUUGGAGUCAAGGGAAAGGAAGUAACUUAUCAGAAAGGCUCUGUACUGGAUUUGGAAGAGAACAGGGAGGUAGAAUUCAAAUCUUUUGCAAAUGCACGUCCCUCGACGCUUCCUUGGAAAAUCAUGGAGAAGGCAAAAAAGUUCAUUUGUGCCUGCUUAAAUGCUGACAGCAAAGGAAUAAUCUACUUUGGAGUUGGAGACUCACAAGAGCAAUGUUCAAGGUUUAAACGCGGUGAGAUCCUUGGACUUGACGUUGAGGAUGUCGCUGAUGACAUAAUGAAAGCUUUACAGUUCGUUCUUGAUGAUCACAUUAAGAGUGAUACUGGCCCACUUCAGAAAGGAGGGGAGCAGAACUGUGUAAACAUAGAGUUUGUUCCAGUUGUAAACCAAGAGGGCCGCACAGGUCUUUCUGUCAUCGAAAUUGAAGUGAAGCGAGACUGGAAGUUCUGUAAGAAUAACGUCUAUUUUUGCAAAUCCUGGGUUGAAAAACGAGGAGUUUAUAAAGAUGGAGAUACAUCUGUAAAGAAGGGCCUAAGUGACUUUUACAAAGUAUCCAAAGAUCAAUACGACGUUGCCAUUAGGACAAAUGGCGCCUCAACAAACGUGAAGCAGCAUGAGGUUAAUCGGCAAGUGAAAGAACCUCUUAUGGCAAAGUACAAAGAAUGGAAGAGAGAAGCAAAAUUGGGUAAGGAUUUAUUGUUUGUCGGUUUAGUUCCCGCCAGCUAUUCAUUUUUUCUUUUCACUCUAACAAAGGACUUAAUUCUUUAGCAUUCCUUUAGAGAACAUGUAAUGAAUACUGUACAUUAAUUUAAUCAAGCAACUCGGACAUAUAGGCAACUGUACAACUGAUGGGGAACCACUGACAAAUAACAGUCUUUUUCAUUCGAUGCAAAUUUUCUUACAUUUUCACGUGAUCUGUAAAUAACUGCCUACAAAAAGUGGUUUGCUCAUGCGCAAUGUCGUCCAACUGUGUUUGGCUACAAAUUAUAUUCAGCUCAUGCGUAAAUGAAACCACACUUUUCUCCUUCUUACGAUCGCUCUUGCGUGAAAAUGGCAGAUCGCUUGCAAAUAAUUAAAAAAACAAAAUCGGUGGUCGAAUGAUAAAACAAUUAUUGGACUCGGUUAUCACAAAAUAUCGUGAUUCUCGCAGAUCAAUUAUUUGCUUCAUCCUUCGGCUUCGGUAAAUAAUUGAUCUACUCCCCACGAUAUUUUGCUCCACCUCGUCCAAUUAUCGUUAAAUACAUACAAGCUAAGAAGAUCUAAGAGAUAUAGACAUUUGUUACUGAAUCUAAUUAGAGAUGAAUGUUUGUGUACCGUUGAUGCUGGGGGUAAUCUGCAAUUAACCACUUUCCCACUUGCUUUAUAUGUUACAAAACUGGGUUCAAUUUCGACCGUGUACUGUGGGUCAACUGACACGUUUUCUUAUUGAACUUCAAACAAUAGUGGUUGCGUUUGUGUCUAUACGUGUGGGCGUUUCUUGUGUUCCUUUUGACAACAAAGUGUCAUCACAGGAGCAUGCUCAUCGCCAUUUCUUUUCUUUCUUUGUCAGGAAUCGAUGAGACAGCCGAAGGUAAGUAGAUUUGUUAAUAGUUGUUGAUUUUCAGGGUAUUUUCGUGACUAAACCAAAACAACGUUUUCUAUGGAACAUCAUAUUUGCGUUAUUGACCGAAGCUUCAUCAAACAUUGCCAAGAGAACGUUUUUCUUGCGAGACCAAAGCAGAAAAUGCCGAGCGGGCAAGAUAAGCUCAUCUUGCCCACUCGGGUAGCCCAUCAGAACAUAGGAUUCGCUUCAUCUUGCCCCCUCUCGGAGCCAGUCAUAUAAUAAAUAACAAUUAUUCACCGAAGUGAAGGUGGCUAGUGGUGGCAGGAAAUUUACCGAGGCCGCUUGGCGGCGAGGUAAAUUACCACUAGCCGCCGACAUUUUUAGUAUAUACUAAAACAGUGAGAUAAUUGAGCACAAAAAUGAUGAUUUUUAACUAAUUUACUGUUGCCAACGAUUACAAUUUUGGCGCGCAAUGACCGAACGGCCGUGGUUGUCGCUUUUCUUGCCGACAAAUAAAACUUUUGAAGGCAUUUACUUAGCUCUUGCGGGGAAAUUUCUUAAAAAGGAGUUGUGAAUUCUUUUUGUAUUUAAAAUCAUUCUGUAAAAAAGAUAAUUAAGUUUAGUUUUAAGCUUAUUUAUGAACAAGUCAACUUAAUAAAGUAACGCAAGACUUAAGCUUAAUUUGCUUUUGUAAACAAAAAACUUUUUCACUGGUUUUAUCGAUAAAUUCAAGUAAAAAAGACAAAGUUUUACCUGUUAAAGCUUCCAAACCGAACUUCUUCACCUUCUUCUUGUAUUUCGGGAACAGCUUGCUUGAUUAGCUGUGAAAUUUUUCUGUUUGUUACAGCAGCAAACCGUGAAGGCAUUUUGCUCGCAACUUACGCGAGUUUGGUGUCGCUCGCUCGGAGAACUGGAGGUGAAUUAGUGAAUAGUGCAGGAUAUUCACUGAUUGAGUACACAAUCAGAACGCGUGAAAAACACUACCCACUGUUUUAGUAUAUACUAAAAUGAUUUAUUGCCUCGUGACAGACUCUAUCUCAGAUGACGCUGACCUUCAAAAGUUUAGUUCUUUGGUGAGACUGCGGUUACGUGACCUGAACUUUAAAGAUUUUGGUUAUGUUCUCAUUGCCAACAAGAUGCCUCCACAGUACAGGGGGACCCCAAACCUAGCCUUUUUGCAAAACAUACCGUGGCUCGCAGUAUUUGACUUGUUUGACGCUGCCUCUAAAAAGGAUGGACUGUACUACGCUUGCAACGAAACGACGGACUCUCCAAGAGCAAAACUCAGAAGCCUUGAUGAUUUUAAAGGAGUUUCACCUGACUGGAUAUCCGGCAAAGGAUUCGAUAUCUCAACAAGAGGUACGACUUGGAUUUUGGGAAAUGAGGAAAAGCAGAAAGGAGAUUGGAUAAAAUGGUCCAAGGACUGUUUCUACCGAGCUCUUUCCACCUACAAAUUCUGUUGUCCUCCUGGGCGGCUCAUGUGCAUUGUCCUUGGUCUUGAUCAAAGUAAUGUUCAAGAAAUGGUUGACAUGAUGGAAUGUUGUUUCAAUAUCCUUGGAAAUUCAGCUAGUAAUUGCGUUACCAUUAUUAGCGAAAGCAAGACUGUGGCAGAUGCUUUUAUCAGAGCCUCCAAGGUACAGCUACAGAGAGAACUCAGAGAAUGCUCCAUAACUAGCAUCCCCUGGCUACUGUUGAAAGAAAUUGUGCGUGAAAUGGUUGGACCAUCGCAAUUUGAGGAAAGGGGAGCUAAAACGGAACUCCCGUAUUUGACUGGACUUAAAGAAGUUUUUAACAAAAUGAUUCAUUCGUGGGAUGAUCUUGAGGUCUAUAUUCCAAAUCCCCGGCUGCCGCGUUCAACAGAAGACAUAGAGAAAGCAAGAAAUGCCUUUUAUAAGGGUGCAAAAGCCAGUCAAACUAAUUUAUCCCACAAUCAUUGCAUCGAAAGGACACUGGAAGAAGAGACAAUGCUAAGAAUUGAACAAGCCUUAAAGACCUUGUCAAAAUCAAGUAAAGAGAUCAACUGUCACGUCAUAACCAUCACUGUUGCUUACGAACCAGGAUCUGGAGCAACGACUCUUUGUCGCAGAGUCCUUUGGCGCAAACGCAUGAAAUACCGUUGUGCCGUCGUUAAGGCAAUAACAACGAACACAGAUUAUCAAAUCGAGCAACUUCAGGGAAUCGUUUACGACGAAACGAACUUUAACUUGUCCCUUCCAUGUCUUAUUCUUGUCGAUAACUUUCCUGAGAAUGAGAUGAAGCAAUUAACUGAGAGAAUAAUGAGAAGACAGACCAAGUGUGUCAUUCUCUCAACGUUUCCAAUAUCAAAGCUCAGUACAAACUCGGAUCUCGACUUGACAUUGCGACAGCUGGACGAGAAGGAGACGAUUCUAGUCAAAGAUAUUUUAAUUAAUAUCACAAGCGACAUCAAGCGAAGAAGAGAAGCAGAAGAGGUUCUCGAAAGAGAGAAACGAUUCAUUUGGUUUGGAUUGGAAUUGUUCGGACGCGAGUAUGACAAAAUCGAGGAGAGGCUUCACAACCACAUCAAGAGUACAUUUGACUUUCUGGAUGAUUCUCAAGAAAGUCACGAGAAGGUCCUUAACUUCUGCUGCUUUCUGCACUAUUACAGUGAUGGCCGAACGAUUCUUCCACACUCAGUUGCCACCGAUUUUCUCUAUCAAGCCAGUAAAGAGAACGAGGGGAAUUUUGCAUUAACGCAACAUAUUCACAAAAUCUUUGGUGGACUUCUUCUCGAAGGAUUCAACGACACAAACGGCUACUAUGGAUGGAGACCAGCACAUUCUCUUGUUAGUGAAGCUGUUACCUCAAGACUCAACAUCAAAGACACGGCCAUUGUUCUCUUAGAACAGAUUCACAAAGGAAGAGCCUACGUUAACAAGUUUUUAAAAGAGGAAAUUUUCAAGGUGUUUUUGGAUCGAAAGAGAAUUUCUGACCCAGUGUGUUUGGAGUAUAAUAGAAGAAAUACUGAAAACAUUGAUUCCGAUUUUGAGAACGAGGUCCUUGGUUUUUAUGGCUUGAAGACGCGAUAUUCACCUUUGAUAGCGGAUAUCCUGGAAGGGGAUGAUGGAAUUCAAGGAGCCCUUCGAUUACUCAUCACAAUCUGCCAGAAGGCUUCGGAAAUGGACGAGAAGGCAUACACGUGGCAGCAGCUGGCGCGAUUCAUGGGAUAUGAGAUGCGUGGGAUGGAAAUGGACGAGGAAAAUGAGGAGCAUGGCCGUCUUUAUUCUACUAUGAUUGAAGAACGUGGAAUGAUGCCCAUGCCUAAAACAGGUAUCGAAGCAGCGCACACCGCGGUUGACAUAGCCAUAAAUCAACAACCCAAGUACAGGCAUCACUAUGUGACCAAAGGAACGCUGUACCUUCUACAGCUAAGAGAUUUCAAACCAGAAGAACGGCUUACUAUUCCGGCAGCGAUACCUAAAGCGAUCGACAUAUGCGGCAAAGCAUUAGAAGUCUACGACAAAGCACUCAGCACAUCUCAUGAACUUAACUACUACUCGAUGAUUGGAAAAAUUCAAGCCAUUGUUUUACUUCUGGAAAUAGUGAAGGGUUUGCCCUUUUUUCGUCUAGAUGGUGAGAGCAUUACAAAGUAUCUAAAGAAGCCUGAAAUUCCAAGGGAAAUGGAAGACGUCCUCACACCGGAAGAACACAACUAUAUAAAACAUCUCAGUGCGACGACACUUGGUCUUCUCAACGAAGUUUUUGGGGACGUUAAGUUUCGACACAUGACAACGUAUGACGACAAUACAAUAAGAGGGUUAACUAAUGCCAAAAUAAGGGCGUCAAAAUUGCGACGAACCUUUUAUGAAGUAACCGGCUUCGAUAGAUGCCAACUAAGUGACGUGGUGGUUCCGGUACCCUCACUACCUUUAACUAGGGAUACUCAAGCUCUCUACCAACAGUUUGUACAAGACGUUCUCUUCAAGAAAAACGAGAAUCCGUACAGCACAUGGAUUAAUCUAGAUGACGGUGAAAUCUCGAGGAUUUACAACUUACUUAAAGGGCUUUGCUCUCGCGGUUUUGGAAGCCAUGAUGAUAUGCUCAUUUGCUGUAAGGCUUGUCUUCUUCUGAAAGAGAGACCACCAGUCGAAGAACUAGACGACAUUGUGAGUGUGUGGGUCUCGAAAUGUCCAAACUCAGAGUGGGCCAAUCUAUUCAACUACAUGAUUCACUUCCCAUUUCCAGAUAAACGGCUAGUUCCCUUUAACCAUUCUGCUAAAGAAUCAAUCACUAAAUGUAGCAAAAUUGUUCUAGGCAAGACAGGAAAAGGAUAUCGGAAGUCGGCUGCCGAAUACUUUCUUGGAAAGGGAACUGGAUUGUAUGCUAUUGCAAACAGGCAACAGAUCAGAUCGCUUGAAAACAAGGGGGAAACUAAAACGGACUUUUGGAGAAGUAAGGAGAUCUCAGAGAAGCUGGAACGAGUGUGCGGUCAAAAAGACGUCAACGUAAAUGGUGUUAUAACUUACCAAGGAAUUCAGCUACGUUUUGACGACACGCGUUAUCCAAAGCAAAGUAAAGAUGACUUGUGGUUCUAUGUUGGCUUUUCCGUUUCUGGCCCUUAUGCAUAUGACCCAGUUGACAAUGAUACUUAUGCAGACUUCUCGGAUCGUCAUCCCAGCGAAGGUGUAAACUGGAAUUUACCUUUAUAUGAGAAUGCCAACAGAAAAUGCAACUUCGAUGGGGCUGCAUUAAGAGAAAAACACUAUGAGGCAACCACUAAAAGAGCACAAAGGUUAGAGGGAGCAGAUGCUAAGGAAUUUCCCGGUCUUUCUAAUAACAUUCUAUCGAGAGAAAGACAGUGCAUGAGCCCAUCAACUCCAGGUGUUCCAAACGUUCUAACCAGUGGUCCCUCGGGAGUUCCUAGGUUACCAGACAACUCCGUUGUUUCUCUCAGCUGUUUUGCACCUAUUACAGCCCUGCCACCCUGGUUCGUUCGUGACAGCGUGUAUCAACCAACUACAUCAUCACAUCCUUCCUCAUAUGCUUCUGUCGUGCAACAGAGAAGCACAAGACGGGAGGAACCUUCGCUAAAACCCCCAAGCAGACGACAUAGAGAUUCCUGUGAUUUGAAAGGUAGUAAAUGGAAAUCUAUCGAAGCCACUCGUGGAACGAAGAAGCAAAUGUUUUCACCUAAAUACGUUGACAAAGCAGGCAAACUUCAUCAUGGAGCUUGGGUACUUGGCGCUGAAAAGUCUCGAGAGUGCAUCAUUCACAAGACUGAAAGCCGGGAUAUCCAAAGUACAAUUAAUUGCACUUUUGCGCAUUCCUGGAGAGGGGAUACCCUUCAGCACGUUUGUUUAAUUUGUACACUCGAGAAUCGGGAAACCUGCAGCAAAAAGCAGGGCCAUAAGGAGUAUAUUUGGAACUUAGGACCAUAUUACGACGAGGAAGGGACGAUCUGGAAGGAAACCCCUCUAGAAAGCCCCAAGUAA